AGGUCACGUGGUCAUAGGUAGGGAAUAAAUGAAAGCAUGAGGUGGGGAGCUGAGUUGGAGUUGCAGUAGCGAUUUCAGAGUGUGGUGAGUUUAAACAUCCAUCCGGAGCCGAAACAUGAAGGCUGCUGGUUUAUGGCCCAAGACCGAUCGUGUGCAGUGCAGUUAACGGGAAAGCACGUUAUGAUACUGAGCUGGAGGAAACAGUGGUAACGGGGGGAAACACAUCUCGACUGGGGAGCAGAUUUCAGCCCAACACCGAUUCUCCGUUUGUUUAACCCGGUCGGUGCAAAAGACAAACAUCCUCUGUUUAAAACAUAGUGAAGUCACAAAUGGUUACUGAGGACACUGUAAGACACGUUUAAGAGUCCCGACUGAAGCAUGAUGGCAGAGCCUCGGGUCACCUUGGAGCAGCUGCUGGCAGUUUGUCUUCAGAGGAUUAACAUGGAGGAGGAUGCACUCAGCACUGAACUCAGGUUUGUUGAGGCAAUGAAGAACUUUGAGGAGGUCAGGAAGAAAUGGCUGCACGUUGAGCUGGAGCUGAAGAAGUAUAAAGAGCUGCUGGUGAAGUCCGAUGUGGCCAAAGCUGCUCUGGAGGUUAAACUGAAACACACUCGAAACCAGCUGGACGUGGAGAUGAAGAAACGCUACAAGAUUGAGGCAGACUACCAUUACCUGGAGCGGCAGAUGCAGCUCAUGUGUGACAUCCUGGUCCAUGACAGUAAAUCUAAUGCCUGUCUGAACGAUGAGCAGAAAUCUCUCUUAGCUACGUUUGAAUACAAAGGAGGAAAUGUGACUCAGCACAAGAGCAGCAAACGGUUGUCUGUGAUCGAUGAGUCGUCUUUCCUGUCUCACUCUGACAUCAGCUACGAUCGGACUGAUGAUGACGUGGAUCUGGACACAACGAUACUUAAACCUCUGCGAUCUCGAGCUCGAGAGAGGAGGCGCUCGUCGAUGGCCCUGGCUGUCUGUGCACCAGCUCUGAAACGAGGGAGACAUAGUAACCUGUCUGCAGAGCUGCUGGAGAGAAAGUCUGUGGAGAAGGAGGCUGAGACGAUUGUAAAGACGUCACUGGUGACUCCUGUGCCCGGAGGUCAAAUCCACGUGGUGGUGGGACUUGCACAUGACACCCCUGAAAAAUCAGUUCAGACCCUCAUCCAUGAAUGUGCUGUUUCAGUGGGGGAAACAGGAGGAGGUGAGGAGGCUGAGACGAUUGUAAAGACGUCACUGGUGACUCCUGUGCCCGGAGGUCAAAUCCACGUGGUGGUGGGACUUGCACAUGACACCCCUGAAAAAUCAGUUCAGACCCUCAUCCAUGAAUGUGCUGUUUCAGUGGGGGAAACAGGAGGAGACCAAACGUCAGUGUGGGCUCCCUGUGAUGAGACCAAUGAAGUCGAGAUGGAGAAUGGUAGUGCAGUCACUGCUGCUUCCACCUGCAGAGCUGAGAAAACCCUGAAACAUGUUUUUGUUUCUAAAACGGUGAUUUGGACAGAGAUGUGCUCACUCUGUGGUAAGAGAGUCCGCUUUGGGAAGAUGGUGGCGAAGUGUAGAAACUGUCGUGUGGUCGUUCAUCAAGAAUGCCAGCAGAAACUUACAGAUGGCUGCUCGCCCACCAUUACCACAACAGGAGCUACAACUCAGAUGGACUCAUUGGAGGACUUUGCUCCAGUGACUCACCCAAGAGUGCCUCAGCUGAUCGUGGAGUGUGUCACUGAGAUCGAGAGGAGGGGGUUGGAGGAGAGAGGACUCUACAGAGUUCCUGGAGGAGAGCGUCUGGUGAGGGAGCUCAGGGAUGAGUUCAUGCAGGGGAAAACGCCACUUAUGCUCAGUAAAGUAAAUGACAUCCAUGUGGUGUGUGGCCUUUUGAAAGACUUUCUGAGGAAACUGAAGGAGCCUCUGCUCACCUUCAAACUGCACAGGACCUUCAUGGAGGCUUCAGAGCUGCCUGAUGAAGACAACAGCUGUGCCGUCAUGUAUCAGGCUGUAGCAGAGCUGCCGAAGGCCAACAGAGACACACUGGCGUUCCUCAUGCUUCACUUGCAAAAGGUGAUGAAGAGGCCCCAGUGCCAGAUGGACCGGAAUAAUUUGGCCCGGGUGUUUGGGCCAACUAUAGUGGGGCAUGAGAUGUCUGAACCAUCUCCAUCAACCAUCCUGAGAGACAUAAACACUCAGCCAAAGGUGAUUUGUCGCCUGUUGUCCCUCCCUGAAGACUAUUGGAAAUGUAUCCUUGACAUCCCGACCGAUCAGACAUCAUCCUCCAAAGCCAACAGCCAGAACCCUGGACGUGGUCGGUUGUUUAGGCCACUGACUUCUCCAGAGAUGAAGAGUCACCGCGCCACUCCCAGCAGCAGCUCUCUGAGAGGCAGAAUCAGGAACCUGGAGAAUACUGUCACCAACACGGGUCGCGUUCCGCAGGGGAGGAAGUUCUUCGCGUCACCCACUUGACCCAGUCACCUGCUCUCAAACCACUCACCUGUCAAAUCUAUAACACACAGUUACCGUAUAUCCAGUAUACACUAUGUAUUAAUCCUAUAUACGGCAUGUAGUCUACAGAAUCUUAUAACCAGUAGGUAGAACAUACUGGUUCUUUGGAAGAAAAUUUAAAUGUGUCGUUUGUGCUACAAAGCACAAACUGAUUUUUAGGAUUUCUGACUCAGUCAAAUACUGUAAUGACAAUACUAACACUUGAAAGACGGAUUCAGAAAUGCACUAAAACAAAUAAUAUUGUUGCCUAUAAUUUGUGGUUGUACAUUUCCAGCAUGUGGAUGAGGCUGGUCAGACUGGUCGGCCAUGACAGUGACAUGUAUCUGAGUAGAAGCACCAAUCAAACUAAAGCUUCCUGCUGCUGUUGGUUGUAAUAAAUGAAAUGUAAAUUUUAAUAGAUCAACAUGUGAAGUGAAAUUUCUGUAUGACUAUGGUGAUGACCUGGUAUCAGAUAUUUCAGGUUUCAGACUGAGCUCACCCAGGUUUUUCUGGGGUUUUGAUUCAAUUAAAGAACUUUAAAUUGU